CAAGUUCCCCCCCGGCUGAAACCCUGCCUGAUUUGUGGGCAAUGUUGGGGAUGUAGAAAAAAAAAGGAAACCGGAGCAAAGAGAGAGCGCAAGGGAGAGAUAGGGAGACAACACUAACUGGGUAGCUAUGGAGAUAGUAGGUUUUCCUGGUAGCUUUCUUUGACAGGUGUCGAGUGGGAUAAAACAAAGUAUCAGGAACAGCCUCCAAGAUGUACGGCAAGGGCAAAGGAGCUGUGGUCCCCUCCGAUAGCCAAGCGAGAGAAAAGUUAGCGUUAUAUGUGUACGAGUACCUGCUACAUGUGGGAGCACAGAAGUCCGCACAGACCUUCCUGUCUGAGAUUCGAUGGGAGAAGAAUAUUACAUUAGGGGAGCCUCCCGGAUUCCUCCAUUCGUGGUGGUGUGUAUUCUGGGAUUUGUAUUGUGCGGCUCCAGACCGAAGGGAGACAUGCGAGCACUCCAGUGAGGCAAAAGCCUUCCAUGACUAUAGUGCAGCAGCAGCGCCCAGCCCUGUGAUGGGCAACAUGCCCCCGAACGACGCCAUGCCAGGUGGUCCCAUGCCCCCAGGCUUCUUCCAGGGACCACCCGGCUCUCAGCAGUCCCCCCACGCACAGCCCCCCCCACACAACCCCAGCAACCCCAUGAUGGGACCCCAUGGCCAGCCUUUCAUGUCACCACGGUAUCCAGGUGGACCGCGUCCCGCACUCCGAAUGCCAAAUCAGCCUCCAGGGGGAAUCCCUGGAUCUCAGCCUCUCCUGCCAAACAGUUUGGACCCGACAAGACCGCAAGGACAUCCUAACAUGGGUGGACCUAUGAGAAUGAACCCCCCUCGAGGAAUGGCCAUGGGCCCACAGAAUUACGGAGGUAUGAGGCCUCCUCCCAACUCCAUGGGCGGUCCCAUGCCAGGAAUGAACAUGGGUCCCGGAGGAAGAGGGCCUUGGCCAGGACCUAAUGCUAACUCUAUAGCCUACUCCUCCUCAUCUCCAGGAAACUAUGUGGGUCCUCCAGGAGGAGGAGGUCCACCUGGAACUCCCAUCAUGCCCAGCCCAGGUGAUUCGACUAACUCCAGUGAAAACAUCUAUACAAUGAUGAAUCCAAUCGGACCGGGAGGCAACAGACCCAACUUCCCUAUGGGACCUGGGCCUGACGGGCCAAUGGGAGCUAUGGGAGCCAUGGAGCCACACCACAUGAACGGAUCACUAGGGUCUGGGGAUAUGGACGGGUUGCCAAAGAGCUCCCCUAAUAACAUGGGGGGCAUGAACAACCCUCCUGGAACGCCAAGAGAUGACGGCGAAAUGGGCGGGAACUUCUUGAACCCAUUCCAAAGCGAAAGUUAUUCACCCAACAUGACGAUGAGUGUGUGAUUUUAUUUUUUCCUUUUUUUUGUAUUUUUCUUUAUUUCCUCCCUCCUAUUUUUGUACCCCUGCACCUGAUUUUUUUUUUUCUUCAAUUCAAUCCUUACUUCACCUCGGAUUGGACCACCUCCCCCUCCUCACACACACCCUCUGCCCCCCCCCCCCCCCCCCAUAUGGGAUCCGCUAUCCACCCCCCACCUACCCACCACCACCCCUUUUGUCCUUCUCACUCUACGGGAACUCUACGGCCAUGCAGCCUUCUGGGACAGCCCUCGAGCAUGCUGGGACUCUUAUUAAGACGGGCCCGCCUGGAGCAUGCAAGAUGGCCGCCGGUCUGAAUAGGAAGCAGUCACAGAGCAACAGGAAGAGCCUCCUCUCUGACUCCGGCCCGGGCCUCCCUGGCUUCCUGUCAGGUUCUAGACAAUAAGCGAGGGAAGGAGGACAAACAGAGAGAAAGAGGGAGUGAGGAGACUGGAUAAUAACACAGCCCUCGCAUGAGGACACAGCGUUGGGUCUUUUAGCCGCCGCCUGAAACUUCUCAACCUGGACUUUUUAUCGUCUUUUUUUUUGUUGCCGUUCCUCCCGACGGAUUCAGUUGAGGGUCGGACAUUCGACGACCCCGUUGCACCCCCACCCCCCCACCCCACCCCCAACAUUGUUCUCUCUGUGUGUACAUUUUUUAACAGAGGUGUUGUGAUGAUCAGUGAACUCUUUCUUUUUCUCCAUUUUUUUGUGUAUGUAUUGUAUCAUGCUAUUUUUAUUAUUGUAUUAUUGUUAUUAAUGAUAUUGCUAUGAUCAUUUUAAGAUUAGGUUCUAAUUUCUGUUGUUUCUAAGGGCACAUUAAUGCGAUGAAGACAGCACGUGUGCACACAGAUCAGAAACUAUUUGCUGUGUAACAUGUGGCUCCGUGCGAGCACACUGCCCCCUGCUGGUAAGAUUUAUCCAUCACGGUACUGAUUGGCCCUUUAUAUAUACAUAUAUAUAUAUAUAUAUAUAUAUAUAUAUAUAUAUAUAUAUAUAUAUAUAUAUAUAUAUCUCAGAGUUUUAGCAGCCAUCUAAAUUUUUAACUCCUCGUUCGAUAACCAGAAGAAGACGCGGCUCCUGUUUUUAGUAGCUUCCAUGCAGUGAAAUGCACAGCUCUAUUUAUUUAUGUACUUUUAAAUUUGUCUUAUGAAUCAUUGUUACUUUUUUAAAAGUGUUAUCCCUGUUUUUUUUUGGGUUUUUUUGUUAACUGCAGAACUAGUAGCAACUGUGUAAAUAUUCAGAUCCAGUCAGCAGCGUCUCCUCAUCUCCGUCGUUAGACCCCCUCUGUCCGAGCCCCCGAAGGUGCUGAAGACCCUCCACUCAUGCUGCUUCCUCUAAUGCUGCCCACUUAGGUUACCGUUCACUCCGACACGUGUCGUAGGCCGCGUUAUCGUCUCUGCUGAACUGUAGUGAACACUUGGAUUGUUUUUUUGUUUGCUGACGAGUCCUCAACACACUGUGAUGUAUGUCUGUGCUUUAUGGGAAAUUUGCUUUCACACACCAGUCUCAGUUUAGCUUUGCAGACGUCUUGCUGUCGCACACGCCCUCUGAAAGGACUUCCGGCGCUCUGCUGAUCGGCGUUUUUUCGUCGGAGCAAAGCAGGAAGCGGAAAGGCUCUGUUGACUGUAAAGAGCGGCCUCCUUCCCUUUGCUCAUGUUGAAGAAAAAGACCUCCGUCCUUUCCCCCCCACCACCUCCCCUUUUCUCACCUUUCCAAUGGGCCAGCAUCGAAACACGAUCCCACCCCCCCCCACCCCACCCCCCCGAUUCUUUUUUUUUUUUUGUACAACUCUCUCCAUCUUUUUGAUUUUAAUUUUUUUGUAAAUACUGUAAAAUGCAUUUUGAUAUCAUUGACAUGUUUUGAUAUUUUCAAAAUCACAACAACAGUUGAUCAGAAACGAUUUCGGGGCAACUGUGUGUUCAGAGAUGGUGUGUCUUUGAUGGCGAGAAACAGAAACUGGAGCUGCUAUAGAACUAUUAUGCUAUUUCACCUCAUCACAGACGGACGUGGCGCCUCACCGCGCACCAGAGCUGUAGCGUCAAGGGAUCUGAGACGAGGACCAGGGAGGACAAUUUCGUAGUGAGUGUGUUUAGACGCCUCUUAGCUAACUCACUGUCACACACAUUUCCUCGACAGAUCUUCAAAUGAAACACGAGUCUCCCUCCUCUGCCUCUGUUCUUGGGAAAUUCUUGAGUAAGGUGGCCGAGACGCCACAAACACACAUAUUUUUCACUGUGUUGGACAGAGAAUUUGCAAGAACAGAGCGACAGAGGCCAGGUCUCAUAAUAAAACUCGUCCCUCCCGCGUCUGCCUCCGACACAUUUAACUACCCUCUUGACAAAAAGCGAAAGCGGGGCACACAGGACACUGGCUCUCAAUCUGACACACCAGGGACCAGAGUACAGACUUUACUAUGAAGGAUUUUUUUUUUUUUAAUCUAUUUAAAAAUGGGCGGGGAGAAAUGUUUUUGGGAAAGUAAAGAGAAAAAAAGAUUCGUGCUUAUUGCUGAGAAGAGGUAGAGAGAGUGCGGGAACAGGCGUUUCCUCCCCUGUACUUUGAAAUACUGUUGUAUAAAAUGCAGUCGAACUUCUCUCUAUCUUUCUGUCCUGUAAGUAAAGCCGUCACAACGUUGAUCAUUUCUGUAUUUCUAUUGUGCUGAUGUAUAAUACUGUAACAUUCAGGGGUAGGGAGGGUUGAGAGAGGAAUUUUUUUGAGGGGAGUAAAGAUUUUUCUGUUGAGUUCCUCAUUAUUUUUUCCUCUUGAUGACAAAGCAGUAUUGAAUAUGAGGCAGUCUGUCCUUGGGGAGUUGCUUUGUAUCUCAUGUUAGGGUAGUUUCAGAUCCUAAAUGUCUCGUGUAGUAAAAUGAGAGGUUCCUUCUUCGUAUGUUUCUUUAUAUUGUAAAGUUUCUUUAGACAAAAAAAUGUUGCUUAUUGGAAAAAAAGGUGGGAAAACUGCAUUGAUAAUAAAUGUAAUUUUUUUUCGGUUUUGUUUUAAUUUUCAUCAAGUUGUCAGUCGUUUUUGCCUGUGUCCCCCUUGUUGUAGAUACAUAUUAAAAACAAAUAAAAUGACUUCACUCCUUUUG